CAGGUCCGGCCAGCCGCAGGGGACACGGAUGCCCAGGACCCUGGGCUAAUCGGCUGUGCCUUUCUCACCUAUUGUGCCAGGGACUCCGCCAUCAAAGCUCAGACUGCCCUGCACGAACAGAAGACCUUGCCCGGGAUGGCGCGGCCAAUCCAGGUGAAGCCAGCGGACAGCGAAAGCCGCGGAGGUAGAGACCGGAAGCUGUUUGUGGGGAUGCUGAACAAGCAGCAGUCGGAGGAGGACGUGCUGCGGCUGUUCCAGCCCUUUGGGGUCAUCGACGAAUGCACCGUGCUGCGCGGGCCUGACGGCAGCAGCAAAGGCUGUGCCUUUGUGAAGUUCUCCUCCCACACCGAAGCCCAGGCGGCCAUCCACGCCCUGCACGGCAGCCAGACCAUGCCGGGCGCCUCCUCCAGCCUGGUGGUCAAGUUUGCCGACACGGACAAGGAGCGGACACUGCGGCGCAUGCAACAGAUGGUGGGCCAGCUGGGCAUCCUGACGCCAUCCCUCACCCUGCCCUUCAGCCCUUACAGUGCCUACGCCCAGGCUCUCAUGCAGCAGCAGACAACGGUCCUGUCCACGUCGGGCAGCUACCUGAGCCCUGGCGUGGCCUUCUCACCCUGCCACAUCCAGCAGAUUGGCGCUGUCAGCCUUAACGGGCUGCCUGCCACGCCCAUCGCCCCUGCCUCUGGACUGCACUCACCCCCGCUGCUUGGCACCACUGCCGUGCCUGGGCUCGUGGCUCCCAUCACCAAUGGCUUCGCAGGUGUCGUGCCCUUUCCUGGGGGGCACCCCGCCCUAGAGACCGUGUAUGCCAAUGGCCUUGUGCCCUACCCAGCUCAGAGUCCGACCGUAGCCGAGACCCUCCAUCCCGCCUUCUCUGGAGUCCAGCAGUACACAGCCAUGUACCCUACGGCGGCCAUCACGCCCAUCGCGCACAGCGUCCCCCAGCCGCCGCCCCUCCUGCAGCAGCAGCAGCGAGAAGGUCCCGAAGGCUGUAACCUGUUUAUCUACCACCUCCCCCAGGAGUUUGGAGACACGGAGCUGACGCAGAUGUUCCUGCCCUUCGGCAAUAUCAUCUCCUCCAAGGUGUUUAUGGAUCGGGCCACCAACCAGAGCAAAUGUUUUGGACCCCGCGAGCCGGGAAGCCGGGGCCGCAGCGCUGGAGGAAGCGGAGGACGCCCACGUUGCCCACCAUCGCGGGUCCACCCCGGUCUCCGCAGGCUUCGUGAGCUUUGACAACCCGGCCAGCGCGCAGACGGCCAUCCAGGCCAUGAACGGCUUUCAGAUUGGCAUGAAGAGGCUCAAAGUGCAGCUGAAGCGGCCCAAAGACCCGGGACACCCCUACUGACCGCGCCC